CAUUCCGCGAUGUUAAUUCGAAUAAUAUUUUAAAAAUUCAUUUUCAACCAAAUGCUAUGUGUAUAGGACUGUUUACUAGUCAUUAAUAGCGGAACAUAGUACAUACUAUUGUUGUUUGUUUUGGUAGUCUGAUACACAAUCGACGUUAAUUAUAGUCUGUAUACUCAUUUGCGAAUAUAUUAAAAUACACGUCCUAUCUACCUACACAGUUUUAUUUUAAAAGUUUUUAGACAACAGCAAACAGUUGUUGACUUUGAUAGUCUGCUUUUUGGUUUGGUUGGUUAGAGUGCUCAGUGAUAUUUAAUCAAGAAAAUAUUUACAUUUUACAAUGAACACACCGUUCGAAAUGGAGAAAUGUCCUUGGGAUCAGUCUACUUAUGUUGGACGAUGGAAUUAUUACUUUUGGGUAACAAAUCCUAUGCUAUGUUUGAAAACUGAUGAAGAGCUUGAAAAAGCCAAAUCUUUACGUUCAUCCUAUCUAAAUGGUACACUUCCACCUGGGACAACUACUGAACAAUUGUUAGCCGCCAAACAGAUCUAUGAAAGUUCAUUUCACCCAGAUACUGGACAAAAACAAAAUGUAUUUGGUCGAAUGAGCUUCCAAGUCCCUGGGGGUAUGGCUAUUACCGGAGCAAUGUUGUCUUUUUAUAAGACUGUACCAGCUGUAGUGUUUUGGCAAUGGAUUAAUCAGUCGUUUAAUGCUUUGGUCAACUAUACCAAUCGAAAUGCCAACUCUCCCCUGAGUCAAACUCAAAUGGCCACUGCUUACGGUUCAGCAACAAUAGCUGCUUGUGUGACAUCCAUAAAAUUCAAACAAUACUUAACCAACAAUGCUUCACCUUUUUUUCAAAGAUAUGUUCCAUUUGCUGCGGUUGCAGCUGCAAAUUGUGUGAACAUACCAUUGAUGCGCCAAACUGAAUUGUUGAAAGGUGUAGAUGUUUAUGAUGCCGAUAAAAAUAAAGUUGGCUGUUCAAAGUUAGCUGCUGCUAAAGGAAUAUCUCAAGUAAUAGUAUCAAGAAUUGUCAUGUGUGCACCUGGAAUGGUAUUGCUGCCUGUCAUCAUGGAAAAACUUGAAAACAAAAGUACAUGGUUUAAGCGUAAUACAUGGAUUCAUGCUCCAUUCCAAACACUUGCUGUUGGUUGUUUUUUGAUUGGUAUGGUGCCAACUGCGUGUGCCCUAUUUCCUCAGUUCAGUUCCAUUAAAUUAAGUACAUUGGAGAAAUAUGAGAAUGCUGCAUACUGUGACAUAGUGAGCAAUUGCAAAAAUCCACCAGCUAUCGUGUACUCCAAUAAAGGACUUUAAAAUCACAAUCUCAUAUUUUAUUGAUAGUAUCUUUAAAAAUAUACUCAUUAGAUUUACUUAUAUAUUCUAAAAUAGUUUUAAAAAAAAAUCAGUAUUGUUAAACAUUUAGGGCGCACAUAAUCACUAAAGAAAAUUACAGGAUACUGAUAUUUGGUAUGCUAGAAUUUUUGAUUAUACUGGAUAUUAAAAAAAUAUAUAUGAUAGCAUUAUAUACUAUUUUAUUUUUACUGACAUCUUUGUUUGCAUAAUUAUUGUCCGAUUAAUAUCUCAUGUUUUUUUCAUACGUGUUAAUUUUAAUAUUUAUUUUUCUGCUUUACCUAUGUGUUUAUUAAAAUCAAAUGUAAUAACUAAAUUUAUAAGUAUCAAGUGCUUCCAAUAAAAUAUGUUAAAUUCUUAACUUAAGUUCGAUGAAAAAAAAGUGUAAGCCAUAAGUUAUAGCAUGAUUAUUACAAUUACUUAUUAGAAUCAAAUGAUCAUGUUAUAGUUUAGAAAAAAAAAUAUCAAUAAUUAUUAUAUCUAUUUCUAUACACAUAUUUAUAAAUAUUUAAGAUCUGAUUGUUUACUAUUGUUCUCACUUAUAAACUCAAUAGAUAUAUCUAAAUCUUUUGAUCUGUAUAAUAAUAAGCUUUAAACAUCACUAUUCAACUAAAUGUUCCAAUAAUAGUACUUAUUGUAUAAUAAGUUAUUAAAAUAAGCAAUAUAUUUGUAACAUUUAGCAAUUAUAUACAUCUACUUAAUAAAAAAUCUGAUAUACUAUUAUUA